GUGUCCUGUCUCGAAGCCUCUCUCUCUGGGGAACCCUGGUCUCCUUCGAUCGGAGAGCGCAAAUCCUAGCAUGGCGAGGAGAUCGCUUCCCCUUCUUCGGCACCUCCUCCGCGACUCCAUCGUGGCCGCCCCUUCUUCUUCGCCUCCGGGUAUCGCUGGGAGCCGGCGAUCCGUGACCUACAUGCCCCGCCCCGGCGAUGGCGCGCCGAGGGCGGUGACCCUCAUCCCCGGGGACGGAAUUGGUCCCCUAGUCACCGACUCCGUCCGGAAGGUCAUGGAUGCCAUGCACGCUCCGGUCUAUUUCGAGACCUACGAGGUUCACGGCCACAUGACCACCGUCCCGGCGGAGGUCAUCGAGUCGAUCCGGCGGAACAAGGUCUGCCUCAAGGGCGGUCUGGCUACCCCCGUCGGGGGAGGUGUCAGCUCCCUCAACGUCCAGCUGAGGAAGGAGCUCGAUCUCUAUGCUUCGCUCGUCAACUGCUUCAACCUCCCCGGGCUGCCGACGAGGCACCAGAACGUGGAUAUCGUGGUGAUUAGGGAGAACACCGAGGGAGAGUAUUCCGGGCUUGAGCACGAGGUCGUCCCUGGCGUCGUGGAAAGCCUCAAGGUGAUUACAAAGUUCUGUUCGGAGCGAAUUGCAAAAUAUGCUUUUGAGUAUGCUUACCUUAACAACCGAAAGAAAGUUACAGCUGUGCACAAGGCCAACAUUAUGAAGCUUGCAGAUGGUCUAUUUUUAGAAUCUUGCCGUGAGGUUGCAACAAAAUAUCCUGGGAUAAAGUAUAAUGAAAUUAUUGUUGACAACUGCUGUAUGCAGCUUGUUUCAAAGCCUGAGCAGUUUGACGUAAUGGUGACACCAAAUCUUUAUGGCAAUUUGGUGGCAAAUACAGCUGCAGGCAUUGCUGGAGGUACUGGUGUCAUGCCUGGAGGUAAUGUUGGUCAGGAUCAUGCAAUUUUUGAGCAAGGUGCUUCUGCAGGCAAUGUGGGAAAUGAGAAGCUAGUGGAGCAGAAGAAAGCAAAUCCAGUGGCCCUGCUUCUAUCAUCUGCCAUGAUGCUGAGACAUCUUCGGUUCCCAUCAUUUGCCGAUCGAUUAGAAACUGCUGUCAAGCGUGUGAUUGCAGAAGGCGAAUACAGGACCAAAGAUUUAGGUGGCAACAGUACCACCCAAGAAGUUGUUGAUGCAGUCAUUGCAAAUUUGGACUGACUGCACCAUAGCCUACACCCCAUUGGUUCUGGAGCAACAGGCUAAUACUUGCCCUGGAGUAUUAAUUUGUAUUUUCUUUAUUAUUUCAAUACGGCACUGCUAAAGAUUCCUUCUUGGAAUCCAACUAGCAUGAAUUUUUAUUUUCUUUUUGUCAACAAUUGAACUGAAGAAUUGGCUAAUAAAGAGUAACUUGAUGGGUAACAUUUUCAGUCAA